AUGGAGGGCAAAUUGUUGGAGGCCGCUCGCUCAGGAAAUGUAGAAGCCCUUUAUGAUGCAGUUGGCGAAGAUGAUUCAAUCCUUCAGAAACUGCACUCAUGCGGGUGCGUUGAGACUCCUUUGCACCGGGCUUCCAUGUUUGGGCAGGCGGAGUUUGUGCGAGAAUAUAUAAGGCUGAGCUUAAUUUCUGCCCACCAACUCUCUCAACUCAAUCGAGACGGUUACAGCCCGCUGCACUUGGCUUCGGCCAAUGCCCACUUGGAGAUCGUCCAAUUUAUGCUUGAGUUUGUGAAGCAGAAUUUUGCUGUUGUGGAGGUGUGCAUGAAGAAAGAUAGGGACGGGAAAACUGCACUUCAUUCUGCCAUGGUCAGUGGUAAAAUUGAAGUCAUUGACCUGCUGUUUGUCAAUUAUCCAGACGCUGCAAAUGAGGUGACUUUUCAUCAAGAGACUGUUCUACAUCUUGCGGUGAAACACCACCAGCAUGAGGCACUCAAAUUCUUGAUUGAUCAGAAACUUGGAUCGUCGGUUGAAGGUUUGCUGAAUGUAGGUGAUCGGGAAGGCAACACAAUUCUACAUCUUGCAACAGCCAACAGACAAUUUCAGGUAUCCCCUAAAUCAAGAAGAUUUUUUCUCACAAAAUCUUAUUGCAUCUUCUAG